AUGAGCGCCCGUCAGGCUCAGGAAAUAUCAAGGUUUCCCAAGAAAAUGGUGAUGGUAAAGAGUGGCUGGCUCCACAGGCAAAGCACCAUACUCCGCCGCUGGAAAAGGAACUGGUUUGAUUUGUAUUCAGAUGGACGCUUGGUCUUUUACAACGAUCAGCAGAAGCGGGACAUGGAGGAUGACAUCCAUAUGAAGAUUGACUGCAUCAACAUCCGCAGUUCAGCGGCAUGUCAAGACUUAAAUCCCCCUGAAGGAAAGACACGCGACUCCAUACUGCAGAUUGUGUGUCGGGAUGGACGGGUCAUCAGCUUGUGUGCAGACAGUGCAGACGAUGCUUUGGCAUGGACGAUGGCAUUCCAGGAUGCAAGGACCAACAUGGUUGUUGCUGCUCCUCAGAUUGGUUUUGUUUCUGAAACUAUGGCCACAGCGCCACCUCCAUACUCAGAAUAUGCUCCAAAUCCCCAGGUUUAUGUCCCUGGUCCAUAUGGAGACUACACUGCUGCUCCACCAACUCAGAUUGUGUACUCAGCCGAUGGAGAACCGUAUGCUGUGGCCUACCCCUAUCAAUACCAAGGCGGGUACAUGGGCCCUGGUUCUGGGAUGGAUCAUGUGAUUAUCCGUGAGCAGCGUCGGGAUAACGGGGCAGACAUGGCUCUGGGGAUGCUGACCGGAGCUGCCACAGGCCUCGCCCUCGGAUCUCUGUUCUCUGUAUUUUAA